GAUCACAGCAGCUGUGGAGAAAGUGGAGCUGCUGUGGCAGCAGGCCUUUUCUAAGGCCCGUCUCCAGCUGCAGGUGUUCCAGCUGCGAGAGGACGCUCUGCAGAUCACAGAGCAGAUCAAAACUCUUCUUCAGGAAAAACUCCAGCCGUACAAAAUCGAGAUCGCCAGGGAUGCUGCAAAGGCGGCCAAACUGGUGGCUGAAUUUGAGGCGUCCAUUUACACUCCUGCUAUGGCCCUGGUUCGCUGUGCUGAAGAUGUGAUCCACACCGUGGCAGAGAUCCUGCUGCUGGACGGACAGAGCAGGGAGCACUGGGUUCUGGAUGUGGAGAGGCUGAAGGAGAAACUCAGCUCUGCCGUGCACUUCAUUCUCCAAACCCUCAGAGCAGUUUCCAACUACCAUCACUAUUACAACAAGGCGAGCAGCUGGUACCGUGAGGUCCUGGGUGCGAACGUCCUGCAGCUGCUGCUGUCGGGGGUUAAUGGAGACGGUUUUCCCACACUGAGGCAGAGGAGGACCUUGGGCUCCAUCCCCUCAUGGAGGUACAAACUGUCUACUUUCCUGAAGAAGAAUCCCCCUCCAGACAUGGAGGAGCUGGUUUAUCUGGCUCAUCUGUCGAAUACCAUCCCUGAUGAUGAAGUCCAGGAGGCGGGCAAGCGGAUGUCUCAGCGGUGUGCGACCCUGAGGAAACUGCUGAUGUCUUCAGGGCCUGUGGCUGUCAGUGACCUCCAGAUGGCCCUACAGUGGCAGUACGAGCUGUUGCGGAGCAGCCAUGUCGAUAAUUCCUCUGACGGUGCCACAGAGAGAACGGCUAAAGAUGUUGAAGAGCUCGCUAAAUGUGAAAAUGGAAAGGAAGCAGCUCGUCUUCUCGGAGCGUCUCAUUCGGCUGCCGUUUCUAGGACGGUGGCAGCUGAGGACAAACCCCCCUCCCUCAGCUCCUUCGACUCCGGCUUUGAUGGAGCUGGGAGCAGCCAGCUGGAGGCCUGUGGAGGGAGGGAAGGACUGGAAGGUCUGCCUAGACUGGCUGGGACCAGGGAAUCUGUGAAACCUGCUAUGAUCCAGCCUCAAAUCCACACUGAGAACCUCUCCAGUGUUUCAGACUCUGAAGAUCACGGAGAGGAGUUUGACCUGGGCUCUGUGGGAAACUCCUCCAGGGCCAGCAUUCAGAUCAUCCCCAAAGUAACCACAGAUUCCCUUAAUUUCGAGAUUAAAGUGAAGCGCUCAGCUGCGCUACCCAAUAACCCCUGGCUUAGCUUGCCUGUAGACGAUCUGGAAAACUCGUACACAGUGACCAUCACGCAGAACCCAACACCUCAGAGAGACCUGCAGCUCCUGGAUCCCUCUGACCCUUGCAUUGAAGCCAACCAGUCCAGCAGGUCUCGAGAUCAGCCCACACAGACGGAGGUUCUGAGCAGCGCAAAGCCCAGAGAGCCUCAGGACAGGGACUGGACUCUACAGUUGCAAAGCAGUUUGGAGGAUCCUGAACUAAGUCCCAUUCGCAAUGUCCUCUCCAGCACCAUUACAGAAACGGGAAGAGACAAGUCCAUGUGCACCACAGAGGGAAACCCGACUCUGCUCUGGGAUUCUUACGAUCUCCAUGACCAGAAUCAGGAUGCUGUUGAUGG